AGCAGAGACUGUGAGAGCAAAGGGAAGGGAACCCAUAUGGCUCUGCCUUCCUUUGUUUUACAAAGCUCCUUUUCUUGGGGCAGAGACCCAAAGGACCCACCACACCAUACGGCUGCGUCUCCUUCCCCAGGCAACGCGUGCUUCUGUGUCGGCUGCUUCGUUUCUUCUUGUUCUGAACCAGAGAGAGAAAGAGAGAGCCGGCGUGUUAUCCACUCUGAGAGUCCGGGACUCCGGGGGAACCCAAGAUACCCAACAUCCAUGUGAACCCUUCUUGAUAACUACGAGUAGACAUGGAUUUCAUCUUUCAUUUGUUCUCUCUCUCUCUCUCUCUCUCUCUCUCUCUGUCUCUGUAGUUUCUUCUAUUUUAAAAAUAUUGGAUUCGUACCCUUUUAAUAAAUCUUUUAAAAUCUUAAACCCAAUCCAUCUUCACUCAGGACCAUCAAUUGAUCUUGUGGCUUCAGAUUGCCUUCCAGUCUGUCGGUACAGCUACAACAUGCAAGGACAAACCCAAUCAAUUCUUCUCAUCUCCCACUCUGUUCUUCAUUUUUUUUUAAUUUAGUUCAUAUGGACUUUUAACACGUAUAGACUGUAUAAUUGAUUAGUUGUAUUUGAAUUUCGUACAUUGGGAUUUUAGGCAAAAGAUGAUCUGGGAAGCACAUUUCAACUCAGAUUGGAAUAAUCCAUGUAAACUAUGGAUCGCACGUACUUCCAUAUCAGCCCUCCCUGGGUCAAUCUAAGCAGGCAACGUCGAUUAUGGCCAAUACCUGAUAGGCUGAUGUAGAAGUAAGGACGCCAGGAUGCCAGGACGGCAGCAUUUUGUAUGGAUUGGUUCCUUCUCUUUUGGAUCUUCGGUGGUGGGCACGAAAGGGUUUUGCUUUCACUUGCAGUGGUCAGCAGAUUUUUGGAUGAAAGACUAAAUUUAGAAUCCGUCAUCAAUGGUGAUGACUGAUGACUUUCCAUGACUACAGCUUUCUGGGAUUUAGGAUUUUAAUCAUUUCUGUGUAGCUGAUUUGAGGAACUGGAAGAAUCAGAAACAGCGGAAAUGUGGAAUGGAGUCCAUGAUGAAGGUGGACACAGGUGUUGGAGGGAUAUAAGGCUGACAACUGACGUCCAUGAUAGAAGCUUAUAUGUGGCCCAAUUCAACUGCACUCCUGUUAGAUGGGACGGUCAGGAUUGCCCACAAUUGAUGGAAUAAACAUCUAUCUGGGAAAGAACCCAGACCCCAAAGCCCAAUCUGUCUCAAUUCUAAAAGAAGAUCAUUUGUUCAUCUCUCUCUCUCUCUCUCUCUCUCUCUCUCUCUCUCUCUGUGCUAAUGUAUGUGUCAAGUGGGUAAUGCUUAAUAUAUUAGAAGGACAACUGUUAAUAGUGAUAUAUAACUCUUUGGGAGCAUGUGAUGCAUCUAAGCAGGGUAAGCUGUCCCUUUGAUGAUUGUCUGGAGCAGUGUAAGGCCCUGUGAUUCUGAACAAUAUCUUAUGUAUAAGGAGUUAUUAUUGUAUUGAAUUUAAUAUUGCUCUUCUGCUGGACCUGUCCGAAGCAUCUCUAUCACAUAUCUUGUAUCUCAUUGGUAGAAGCACUGGGAUUUGUUUGGCAUGCCUCAUACCAAAAAUACAAUAAUAGUUUAGUCUCUCUCUCUAUGAAAGAGAGAAUCUUAAAUUCUUCUUCAGAUUUUAAUUAUAUUUUAAUGUUUGCAGUAUAUACUUAAUUGGGAAUGUGAUCUGUGAGUCCUGAAGAGGAGGAAGUGUUCUAUCAAAGGAAAGGCAGUGGCCUGAAGUUGGUGUAAGCAAUCAAGAGGAAUUGUUUGUAUUGCUUUCCCUCGAAACAGUUAGAAACACUUCUUGUUCUUCUUCCUCAUCAUGGUAACAAAGUUGUUGAUCUUCUCAGCUCAUGAGACUCCAAAGGUAUAGAAGCAAAAGGAGAUAUAUGAUCACAUCAGACAAACAUUUAACAUGCAUAUCGGAAUUAUAACACACAGGACAUAAACAGGGUCGAAGUUAUUCUGGUUCUUCUUGUGAAAAGCACCACCAGAAAAGAAGGAAAAUUUAUUGCAUUCUGAUGGAUAGGAUUGUGAAACCAAUUGAUAAAGAAUCCAUGAGGAUGGCCAUGCUGAAGCAUGAAGAAACAUUCAAAGAGCAGGUAUAUGAACUUCAUCGUUUGUAUGAAAUUCAGAAGAUGUUGAUGAACAACAUGAAGAGCAAUGGGCCCUAUGGAUAUAGCGCAAAUAGAUGGAAUAUGGAAAAGGAGAUUAGUUUGAGUCAAGUGAGUAGUAGCUACAAAGAAAGACGCGAGCCACAGAAGCCGAAGAAACUUGACCUGGAACAACCUGCUGAAGAAUAUACUGCAGUGGAAGGUGGAGUCGGAGUGUUAGAGAUCGAGGAUGAGAGCAAUAUUCAGCUGACGUUAGGCCCCUCGAGUUACAGCCGAAGGAAGAAAGAUGAGAGAGCCCUAACUUCAGAUUCUGGACCAAGUUUUUCUUCUUCUUCUACUGAAUCCAGUCAUAUGAAAAGGACAAGUACAGGGGCAUAUAAGAGGAUGGAUACAAGGGAAGAGUUAACAGGCCAUGAAUGGGGACUCAUCCAAGUGCCUGACAUGCACCCAAGUUUUCCAAGUGGAAGAAAGAACAUUUACAAUGUUGAAGAACAAUUGAGACAGGAGAAACUAAAUCGGCCCCCUUGGCUUUUCCAUGUUUUCAGUAUGAACAUGACUUGAGACUUUGUUGGUGUCCAUAGGUUUGACUUGUUCUGAUUGACUAUUGUGAUUGCUGUUUGCAUGAAAAUUUCUGUUUAGUUUUCAGUGUAGUGGUUGAUGGAGUCUUUAAACAGGGCUAGCAUUUUAGUGAGC